UUGUGACUUGUGGGUUUAAUUCCCUCAGAAUUUUAUACAAAGGAUGUUGACAGUACACUGUACCAGGAGGAUGGAUUUAAGAGAGCGGAAUUGCAUGUCUUUAUAAAUUGGCUAUAUCUGCUGCAGGGAACAUACCAGCGGAGGCAAAUGCAAAUAAUUACUUCAUGCUGCAUAGUCAGCAGCCACAGAGUGCCGAAGUUUGAUGAAAACGUAUAUAAAACAAUAACUAACCUAACCACUACGUUGUUCUGUAUCCGACAUGGGAUUCUUACUUUUUGUUUCCGCUGUAAACAACCUUUGUUGGAAUUAUGCGUGAUUUUAAACGUUUUAUUUCUACGGGUGAAACAGGACACCUGAAGAUAUGAAAACAUAUCGUGUGCAAUUCGAUCACAACUUGUGUCUUCUGCAGCUAAAGUAUCAGUGACUCUCUGUGAAAUCAUUGGGGUUCGACGAUAAGAACCCGUACGCAGCGCCAAGAAACUUCAGCAUCGGGAGUCACAUCGCUGAGCAAAUGAUGCAGAGGAGACAGGGAUGAAAAACGGGUGAAGAAAGGGGAUUAAAAAUCUACUACAAUCUGCAUUAGAAAUUUCAAUUUUUCUAACUGCUUCCAUGGUGAUUCAUGAUCCCAAGAAGAAAACUCUCCCUAAUAAGCUUGGUCGACAAAGCGGAACGAAGCGCUCAAGUCACUAUGCGCUAGAUAGCGCUGAGCAUGUCAUUUUUAAAUUUUAACAAGUCUUUUUAUGACUGAAUAUUUCUUAGCCUACACAUUGCUACGUUUUCAUUAACGUUCGGUAUUCAGCAAUGGGCACAUUUUGCUGAGGGUUGUUCACUUUGGAUGAGAGAAACGGCAUGACUUUUGGAACUUAAUAAGCUAUCAUUUGGAUGGUCAGUGGACAUUAGUAAACAUCUGGCAGUCAGUUUCGAUGCAUCCAAGUCUAUGAUUCGCCUCCCUUUUUGAAUGAUACAUUAACACUAAGUCUAAAUAUAUUUUUUUUUAAAGGAGAAAAUAAACAUGUUGCAUCUCCGAGCGCUACAAUCAAUCAUGGUACUUCUAGGGGUAGCAGACUGUCGAGUCUUGGAGGGAUUGCAGAGGUUUUCAUCCAUCCCCACCUACUUGCCUGUCAACUACCAAGUGAUCAACGCGGAGUCUGCUUUCUUCCUGAAAGAGGCCAACCAGGAGUUCAUGAGGAACUCCAGCCUGCUGUCGCGGACAGAGCCCUUCUUCAUCUACCAGGCCCGCAGCAUGCCCUCAGUAAACGCCAGCUAUGGCCCCCUCUCUGUGGAGCAGCCUGUCACCCUGGAGCUCAUCCAGAACCCUUGGGCCUUCGUGGCCUCCUCCAUGUUCACCUUCAACUGGAAGGUGCAGACUUUCAUAAUCCAGGACAGGAUCUACCUAUCCAACCCCAGGGUCCAGGUGCUGUUCUACGUGGCGGGCAGGGACUGGGAUGACUACAGCGCCAUCGACAAGCUGCCCUGCGUACGCAUGUUUGCCUUCCACGAGACCCAGGAGGUGCGUGGCACCUGCCAGCUGAAGGGGGAGCUGGGGCUGUGUGUGGCUGAGCUGGAGCCCCUGGCUGGCUGGUUCAGCCCCCCCAGCGUGGUGCCUGGGCGCCAGAGGACCAUAGAGCUGGCCGAGGGGACCACAGUGGAGCUCUACUACAUGUUACAAUCAACAGAGGCAGGAGCGUGCCACUCGGAGGAGGCCCGGAAAGGCAACUCCAUCCGCUCGGAUCAGGAGGGUCUGUUUGGCUCGUCCACCUCCACCCCAAUGAAGAGGAUCGGCAGUGUGCGUCUGUACCAGAGCCCUGCCGCCCUGGCCUUGACUGAACACAGGCUGGAUAGUAACUUCCUGGUCAUGGUGCCGACCACGCCGAUGAGGCAGAGGGACACUGUCUCCGCCUUCAUCACUGCCUCAGCCUUCUCUCCUGUGGAAAUGUUCACCCUAAGGGUCAAGUUGAAAGAGGGCAUGGCGUUUCUGGGUGCCCGGCCCAGCAACCCCACCCUGUGGAUGGUGAGCCAGGAUGUGAGGAGCGAGGGGCACAGGGUGGUCACCCUCCAUUGCCGCAGGAAAGAGUCCAGCUACGGACAAAGGUCUGAGGAGGGUGUGCAGAGGGUCCUACAGGUGGACCUGGAGGUGGACAGCUUCCUGGGUCCACUGGGCAGCCGCUGGAUCACGUGGCAGGUGGAGUACCCGGGCAGCCGUGCCACCACGCAGGAGGCAGAGACAGAGAUCCGACUGGCCCAGAAGGACCUGGGGGGCAUUGUGCCCCUGGCCAUGGACACAGAGAUCCUGAAUACUGCCGUGCUGACAGGGAAGACUGUGGCUGUCCCAGUUAAGGUGGUGACCAUCGGAGCGGACGGCAUGGUCACUGACGUCUCAGAGGCAGUGGACUGUCAUUCCACAGAUGAAGAUGUGGUCAAGGUGUCAGACAGGUGUGACUACGUGUUUGUGAAUGGGAAGGAGAUGAAGGGCAAGGUGAGGAUGAUGGUGAACUUCACCUACAGCUACCUGAGUGCCCAGCUGGAGAUGAACGUGUGGAUCCCACGGCUGCCCCUCCAGAUCGAGGUGUCUGACACAGAGCUCAGCCAAAUCAAGGGAUGGAGGGUGCCCAUCAUGACCAGCAGCCAAAGGUCUGCACUGGACAGUGAUGAUGAGGAUGAUGAAGACCGGAGAGGAAGGAGCUGCACGUUACAGUACCAGAAUGCCAUGGUUCGAGUGUUGACACACUUUGUGGCCGAAGCUGCCGACCCCCGUGGUCAGCUGACCUUUAUGCUGGGCAGUGAUUGGCAGGCAGACAUCACUGGGCUGGUGUGGGACUUCCUGAAGGUGGAGGACCCCCAGAUAGCUCAGCUACAGGACAGACGCAUACUAGUGGGACUGGACAUGGGGAUGACCACCAUCCAGGUCCUGUCCCCCCUGUCUGACUCCAUCCUGGCAGAGAAGACGGUGACGGUAGUGAAUAACAAAGUAACCAUCACAGAGCUGGGGGUGCAGCUGGUCACCGGCCUGGCUCUGAACCUGCAGCUCAGCCCAGGAAGCAACAAGGCCAUCCUCGCCACGGCAACCACACAGGAAGUGCUGCAGAGCCCAAAACAGGAGGCCCUGAUCAGCGCGUGGCUGCACUUCAGUGAUGGUUCCAUGGCUCCUCUGGACCUGUACAACUCAGACUACUUUGUCCUGACGGCCACGUCUCUGGAUGAGGAGGUGGUGACGGUGCAGCAGGACCCCUCCUGGAAGUGGCCUGUGAUCGUGACCGAGGCUGAGGGCCAGGGCCUGCUGGUCAGGGUGGAGAUGACCGUCUGUGAGCUCUGCCAGAAGUUCAAGCGGCGCAGCGUUUUGGCUGCAGGGAACUGCAACGUCAAGGUGAAGUUUGGCCAGAGCGACGGUGGCACCUCCAGAAACAGUGACUAUGGGCCAGAGGGCGAGGAGCUGGAGAACAGGGCCAGCGAUCGCAGGCAGCAGUCCCCCUCCCAGGACAGGACUGGUUUAGAAGCCCACUACUACGGCAGCUCCAUCUCCGACAUGGAGGACGGUGUCAUGAGGAAGGUCACCACCACCACUAAGAGUACCAUCAUCAGGAGGCUCAAUGGAGACAAGCUGUCAGACGAUGGGAACCAGGUCCAGAACAUGCCAGACUUCCCUGCCCAGGUGGACCUCCCUCGCAGCCACAACAUGGAGGAUGAUCUGAUCCAGACAGCCCGGGGCCUCACUGACCUGGAGAUCGGCAUGUACGCCCUGCUGGGGGUCUUCUGCCUGGCCAUCCUGGUCUUCCUCAUCAACUGCAUUUCCUACACCCUCAAGUACCGCCACAAGGAGCUGUCCAUCGAGGGCCAGGAGAGCAUGAACCACGCCCACGACUGGGUGUGGCUGGGGAACGAGGCAGAGCUGCUGGAGAGCCACAUGAGCCUGUCCCCACAGCAGGACGAGCUCACCUCCAUGGUGGACUGCAGUGCCGGGCUGGAAGAGGGCAGCCACCUGCUCAACGGGGCCUCUUCCCAGAAGAACGUGCAGGGCCAGGUACACCGGGCAGCAGACAGGGCGAGCUGCACAGCCAAGGACAGCAAAGGAGACUCGCCUACCACAAAGAGGAAGCGUGUGAAGUUCACCACGUUCACCACCAUCCCGCCAGACAAUGACUGCCCCACUGUCAGCACACUGAGCAUGAGCCACAGCCAGGACAUUAAGUGGGUGUGCCAAGAUGUAGAGCUGGGGGACUCCAAGGAGCUUCGGAACUACAUGGAGAGGUUAAAUGACAGUGCUUUAAAAGAGGUGGCGUAAUCUGUGUGCUCAGUGCACUUAUAACUCACCCUUAUGCCUUUCACAGUGAGCUGGGCCUGGACAGCACCUAAUGCUGAACCUAGAAGAGGUUGAAAUCUGGAAGCAACAUUUUUGUGAAUCACAUGGGACUGCCAAAGGGAAAAUUAAUACUAGAGGACAAAAAUAGUAAUGAUACCACACAGGACUAAUGGCAAAUCGUUAACUUGAAAAGAAACAUAAUUUUUGGAUAAUUUGUUUCUCUUAAUAUCUUCCUACCUUUUAAUCAUUAUUUUGUGAUGGUUCUUUUGUAGGUAGACUCAAGCCCCCAGACUAGCUCUGCAUUACUGACAAAACUACAAAAUGUUACGCAGAUGAUGACAUGUAGAUUUAAGAAUGUAAAUGAACAAAUAUUCAAGAUGUAUAUAAAGUACUCAUUGAAAGGUUUUGGAAGUUUUGUAGCAUUUUGAAUAUUGAUUUCCUAUUCCACAUCCUGUCGUUUUUUUGAUAAAUGUCUGGGCCCCCAGGAUAGACCAGAGCCUACAGAACGUCCUGCAUGUGGUUUGAAAUAAAGGCACACAUUUUAUGUUCAUCUUUACCAGAAGGCACAGAGAAACGGCUAUGUAUAUACUGAACAGUCCUCCUACAAGGCAUUGUAUUGUUGCUCUGUAUAUUGUAUUUUCAUAACUGUCAUUUAAAGAACAUACAACAGUG